AGUUCAGCUCAGUCGCAGCCGGAGCGAGAGGGCAGAGGGAUCGGAGAGCCUCGGUUUCGGCUUUUAUUAUGUCCAAUUUGAGCAGCAGUUACCCGUCAGAGCGGUCGGACUCAUGGUGAAGAGAAAGAGGACGUCGCCUGCCUCCGAAGAGCUCGAAAAUGGCAUGACACCAGGCUCCAGGGAGGGGAUCGGUGUCGAUGGGAGGCGGAAUCCGUCCAGAAAGCUCGAAGGCUGCGACGAGGAGGAGAGCGGAGAGCAGGCGAGCGAGGAGCGCAGUACAAAGGGAGACGACCGGGUGGAAAUACUUAAUCCAUCACCCGCGGGUCUCGGCUCCGGUCCUGCCCCGGUUCCCCCCAGCUCUCCGCCGAACCGAACCGGGCUGGACUCGAACCAGCAGCAGCCCAACACCUCCACGGAGCCCGCCCCUCCGUGUCACGACCAGCAUCAUUUUCUCCGGUCGAGCGUCCGACCUCCGAGCAAACGGAUCCGGAAGGAUUCAGUCGGAUCGACCAUCAAUGGACACGGCGGAGGCAAAUCGAAAGGGGCAGAGAACGGUUCUUCUUCGCAUGGGUCCGUGGGACAGUCUGUGGCCGGCUCCGCAGGAGGGGUGUCCAAGGCAUCCAAGAGCCAAGGCUCCGCCGAGAAGGAGGAGCAAGCUGGAAACCAGAAGAGAGCCCGUCGGCAGUGGGAGUCUUGGAGCGCAGAGGACAAAAACAGCUUCUUUGAGGGGCUCUAUGAGCAUGGGAAGGAUUUCGAGGCGAUCCAGAACAACAUUGCGAUGAAGUACAAAAAGAGAGGCAAGCCGGCCAACAUGGUGAAAAACAAAGAGCAGGUCCGACAUUUUUACUACCGCACCUGGCACAAGAUCUCCAAACACAUCGACUUUGCCAACGUCUACUCUCGRGUGUUGAAGAAAUCUUCUCAGGAGCUGUAUGGUCUUAUCUGCUACGCCGAGCUUCGCAAAAAAGUUGGAGGACUAAUGGAUGAAAAGAAUGUAGCAAAGCUAAAUGAACUCAUCCAGCAAGGAGCCACCACUGUGCGCUCCAAAGGGAGAAACCUGCGAAUUAAAGCCCCCAUGUGCCGGGCACUGAAGAAACUCUGUGAUCCAGAUGGAGUGAGUGAUGAAGAAGACCAGAAGCCYGUGCGUCUGCCCCUGAAGGUGGCGGUGGAGCUCCACCCUCGCAGUAACCACUCUUGGGCUCGUGUUCAAAGUCUGGCACACAAUCCUCGCCUCAGGAUGGUGGUGGAGCUCCACAGAAAAGUUUCCAACCUCAUUGAGUAUCUGAAACAGAAGUGGGCGUACCAAGACCAGCGAAUUCUCAUGAGUAUCAUGGAGAGGGAGGCUCUCGAGGCCAGCCAGUCCAGCACCGUCUCUCCCAGCAAAGUUCAGCAGGAGGAGCUCUUUCUUUUCCCAGCUGAAAACAGCACCUUGACUACACUGCCUGGUGUGGCCCGGGUGGUCCACUCCAAGGCCUCCUGUACUGUACAUUGGCUAGAGAGUGGCAAGACCCGACCCAGUGCCAAGGAACUACCGGCAGCCCAGAUCCUGGGUAUUCACACAGCGCCACCACCCCGCGGUGGCAGCAAAUCUGGCCGAGGAAGCUCUGCUAUAACUAAUGCCUCUGCAGCUGUGUGGGCUGACGCUCGUCGGACUGAUCCCUCCAAUUCAGAACCGUCACCCGACAGCUCUGGAAAGGUGGACGAGAAGAGGCCGUUCUCCCUUUCUGCUUCCUCUCAGCCGACUGCAGCUCCCGGUGAGGAGGGAAGUGUGCUGGAAUCUUCAGAGACCGGCCUGACGUGCACCGAUGUGGAGGCCAGCUGUGGACUGGAGGCGAACAGAGGCGCAGAGAAGUUGUGUUGUGGUGCAGAGAGCUCGUCGGAGCCGUGCAAAGAGGAGCAGAACCACGGGCCCUCAUCCACAGAAUCCACCCAGACUCCUUCAGCGAAACCUGCAGCGACGAGCUCAGAGGAGGGCUCGCCACAGGCCUCUGUGCCGCCUGCAAAAGAACGGACCGUCGAGCACAUCAGGGAGGAGGGCUGGAGCGCGCGCGACGGGGAGAACGUCACCCUGGCUGAGCUCUACCUGAUGUUCGGGAAGCCAGGCAAGCUGCAGCUGGAGUACGAGUGGCAGCCAGCUGCAGCUGCUUCCAGCAGCCAAGACAACGGACAAGCUGUGGUCGUACAGCCCAACCGGACAAACAGAGUGCUGCGCUGCCUGCUCAAGCUGAUUUCCACCGAGGUCAACCCAAAACCUAUGGCUGCUGAGAUGUGCUCCACAGCCACAUCACCACUAAAGAGCCAUCAGGAGGAGCAGAACCAGGCCCUCACUCCUCCAGGGAAGGGUCCUAUCACAGGUGUACGCAGCCCCAGCUGUGGUCGACAACAAGCUCCUGUCCGAGUGACCAGGAUCCACACUCCCAGCUCUYCAACCUCAGGCGGGCGUAACCUUCCUCGUUCUCUGCUGGGGUCGACUGCGAGCGGCGACGCAGAGGGCAGCCUGUUCGCAGUGCCCACCACACUACCCCCCAACAGCUCACGGCACAACAGAAUGUUCUCCCCGAACAAGGAAGCCCAGCUCGCCUUCAGGCAGCAGCUGGACUCCAUCAGUAUGCAGUCGGAUCUUUUCCUCUCCAGACAGAGAAAACCACGGAACAGACAACUUCGAAAACCUCUCGUAGUUCAGCGAACGCUGCUGCCCAGGACUACAGGAGACACUCCUCAACACGUCUGCUCCUUCUCCAUCCUCUCCAACUCCUCUGCUACAGGAACUGGAUCUUUCCGGCCAAUCCAGACUCGCCUGGCUCCCUCCUCCCGCCCUCCCUCGACCAAAACUUCACCUCCAGCGUCCAGCUCUYCAGUACCCAGCCAUCUCUCCAGUGCCAUCGACCUGGCAGCCAAAUCUGCAGGCAUCAUCCCCGGGAGCCCCUGUCGGGACUUAGAUCCUCCUGGUGUCGACGGCGGCGCUCUGCUCGCAGAGACGCCCGUCGUCGAUACUGAACCGGACGCUCAGCUGCUCCAGCAAAACGUCCCAGAGAAUGGUCUGCCUCCACCGUCUCCCGGAGCGACUGGUGGCGUAGACUCGCUCCUCUCGCCACCCAGCGUGGCCUCGCUGCUCGACAUCUCUCUGCCGGGUCCCCCUGAAGAGGCUCUCGUCCCCGGAGAACCUCAAACUCACAUCAGCGACUCCCUGAUCGAGCUGGCCAUCAACUCCACGCACUACGGUGAGGAGGCCGCUCUCUCUCCAGCCAAACUGGGCAACAGUGACCCGUCCAAACUGCUGGCCUCGUCCCCCUCAGUCAGCCCCUCCAGAGGAUGGAUCCCCUCACCUAGCCACGACCCCCAGUGGUACCCCAGCGACUCAUCCGACUCCACCCUGGGAUGCCUCCUCUCCAGUAUGGUCUCCCCUGAUAAGGGCAGGCGGACCACCCUAACCCCCUCUGGCCCCUCCAGCGGCACAGCUUUGCUCGGCCCGAGCCUCUUGGACUGCAACUCUCACGACUCCUUCCAGUCCCGUGGCCUUCCUGACGUAGCAGAAAUGGACUCUCAGCUUGCCUGCAUGAUGAGCGAGAGCAGCGUGGACUACAUCGCUCGCUUCAAUGAUCUGGCUCAGGAGCUGGCCGUGACCGAGCCCUCCAUCCCGCCUCCCUGAGGAAGACCCCACAGCCAUCUGGACGACUCGAUGAAGAGGAGGAGACGAGGUCACUCCUAAGAUUUUUUUUAUAUGCUUCAAAGGAAAAAAAAACGACUGUCCCGACUUCCCUGAAAGCCAUCCUUGUUUUGUAAAAGUGCAAUAAUAACGGUGAACCUUGAGCUGUGUUCACUGAACUCUUCUACAAUAUAAAAUAUUAUUUUUUAAAACUCUUUAGAUAAAUGUGUUUACUAAACACAACCUCUUGUAUAAGAAUACUAUGCCAUAUCUGAACAAAUUAUUUGUAUCAUUUUUUCUGUUUCAUCCUGCUCCAUUUGUUCAAAUUCCACUCCUUUAAAAUGGACCCCAGACGUGUGAAUCCUUAAAAAUGUGCAAAUAACACCUCGCCUGAAGCGUGAGUUUUAUUUAAAUUUUGUUGUUGUUUUUUUGUUUUUUACUAAAAAGCAGUGAAAAACAGAAGUUGAAUGUGUUGAGGUACUUGUGAUGAUUGAGCUGCAGAAGUAGAGCACCAAGCAGCUGAGUAGAGAUAAAAUCUAUCUUGGUGGUCUUCUUUUUUGUGUGCUUCCCCCUUCUCUUUUUAACAGUUCUGGACUGGAACCAGCUUUUUGAUUUACAUGCUAUUUUUAUUUUCUACUCAUGAAACAUGAGCUGAAAUCAUUCUUUCCCCUCACAUUUUUUAUUUGCUGAAAUGUUCAGGUUAAUUCUGUGCAUAAAAGGGGUUAAAAGAAAAAUAUUUUUCACAGGUUAGUCGCUGGUGUUCCUCAAGGAUUUGCUUUUGGUCCCUUUUUUUUUUAAAGAUGCUCAUCAGUUUUGGUGCAACAUUUAACUCUUAACAACAGAGCUGAUUUAGCUCAAUUCUUGUGUGAAUCUUGCAGUUCUGAUUUCUUUGACGGUGCUGUUUUGAAAUGUUCAUCAACAGAUGGUGGCUGAAAACGAGUGUUAAAAGCAGGAGUUUAUACUUAAAUGACAACCAGGGUGUAACUGGAUUGAACACUAAAGCCAUAGUUGAAUAAACUUUUAAACAUUUUUUAAACAAA